AUGCCCGACCAUGAAAUCGACUUGUCCGACAUCCCGGAAAUCACCGAUUGGUCAGGGUUCAAAAUAGCUCCGUUCUACCGUCCAAUAUGGAAGGAUUUCUGCCUUAAGCUGGACGAAUUUUCCCUGAACUACUUGGAGAAUGGACUGACUGGCGGGCAGUCGCUGGACGAAGCAGUCAAUCGGGCCCUCAGGGCUCAGAUGUACCGCAUUCGGUUCCCCGUUAGGGUACAAAAGGCGGGGAAGACCAUCCUACGGGUCCAAAAGUCGCCGGAUGAUAUUGCUGGACUGACCGAUUUUCAGAAGAAGCAGAUCGAAAUCCUCUAUGGUAUGCCUGUUGAGCUAGUAGCUUCAUUCCACGAAGUGAUCACGCGGGAAAAGAUCGAAGGACUGGGCCGCGGGGUCAAAAAGGAUGUGCGCCUCAAACUGGACGAAAACAUCAUUGACUGUUUCGAGGAAAGGCUGGAGGAUGGUCAGUCGCUGGUCGAGGCACUUAACCAAGCGCUGAUGGACCACAUCAACUGGGUAAGUUCCCCACGGGGAGCGCAGCAGGAAGAAGAACCGGCAGGAAAGGCCGGGGAUUCAGCAUAG